GUACGAGGAUGGCCUGCUAGCCGUUGGCCCAUCUGCUAAUGGCGCACGUCGGGGUCAAUCGCCCAGACUGCUCAUCUUCACCGCUUCUCCUCCUGACUCUCAAUCUCCCCACCACAAAUGCGCGCAUGAAACGGAUUGGGGCAGGCGAGCGAUCGUAUCCUUCAUCACAAUGGAGGUGUAGAAGAAACUGGUGGAGACCUCCGGCAACUGUCCACCCUUUAAAUAUUGUUCUGCAGAAAUUUGUGCCGGCGCCUCUGCUCGAGAUCUGCAAGCUGGGUGUACGUGCUUCAUCUCCAGAUUCGUUAUUUUCUCUGCCGAUAAGUCAACGCGAGUUGAAUCUCCCCACCACCGUCGACGCUCAUCUCCUUCCGGUGCGACGCGUGCCGGACGAGGCAGAUUGGAUCCCUCGCCGCCACCACCGCGUCGCCGCGGACACAUGCUCGGAGAAUCUGAAUGCCUCUACAGGUUACAGCCCAGCUUUGGCCAUUUCUCACGGAAAGGAAGUUACGGGCUGGCAUGGCCCAGUUAAAAUCAAGGGGUGGGGUCAGCUAAAAUCAAGGAGGGGUGAAUUCAUGGUGGAGAGGAUGACACAUCUCCCUGUGAAAUCAGUCCGUAGCACACUUUCCGUAAGUGUAGGAUUUUUGUUAAUACUGCUAUUUUGUUUUGGUCCAAGGUUGAGCUUUGGGGAGUAAACACAAGUAUUGUAAUUUUUUGAUUGGGGACCUUCAGUGUGGUAUCUCUGCUUUCAUUACUUCUCGGUUAAUCCUUCAUAAGCCCUUUUAGCUUUAAUGAUUAAAAUAUGUAGCUUAUGUGCCUUUCCUUUCAGUGGUACUCUAUGAAUAAUCUCUUCCCGUGGAUGUAAACUCCAAGUUAGCCAUUAACACAUGGUUCUAGAAAUAUGGAGUGUUUGGUCGACCAAUUCAAUGAUUUUGGUGUUAUAUUGUAA